AUGAAGUCACUAACCAGGUCGUACGUAUGGUUGCCCAAGAUAGACAACCAGUUGAAACAGCACGUGAGAUGUUGUGAAAGCUGUCGACAGAAUCAGCACAGCCUAGCAGCAGUACCCAUACACCCGUGGGAGUUUCUUGAGAAGCCAUGGAGUAGGAUCCACCAUGAUUAUGCCUCCACUGAUGACGAGGAUAUCCUGAUCGUCGUAAAUGCGCACAGCAAAUGUUUCGAAGCUAUUCGGGUGAAGCGAGCCACAGCCCAUGCAACAGUGGUCGCCCUUAGACGGUUGUUUGCAACACACGGAUUACCAGAGACCGUGGUGACAGACAAUGGCACACAAUUUGUUUCAGAAGAGUUUGCCACUCUGACUGAUGAACAAAAACAGUAUUAG